AUGAGUCGGCGACAAAAUCCAAGUGAGUUUUUGAAGCAAAUUAUUGGAAAACCUGUCGUAGUGAAGCUAAAUUCUGGCAUCGAUUACCGAGGUAUUUUAUCAUGUUUGGACGGUUUCAUGAAUAUAGCAUUGGAGCAAACGGAGGAAUAUUCAAAUGGACAGCUGAAAAACAAAUAUGGCGAUGCAUUUAUUCGAGGAAAUAAUGUACUUUAUAUCAGUACACAAAAGCGUUAA